CAAGCUCUUUACAACGAAAAUAAACAACAAUGACGUUCACCGUACUUAUCACCGUUUGGCGUAAACCAGGAAUGACAAUGAAGGAAUUUUAUGACCAUUACGAGAAUGUACACAUGCCUUUGAUUCGCGAUUUAGCAGGCGACAAGAUCCCAAUCAGUCAUAACAGACUAUACGUGGAACGUACUGGGCCUGAACUGAAAGAACGUAUGGUUCAACCAUCAGAAUGUGGCGAUGGCAUUGAUUAUGAUGCCGUUGCUGAAUUGAAUUUUAGAGAUGAAGCGCAUAAUUUGGCAUAUUGGAAAGUACUCUAUCGUCCAGAAGCCGAAGGUCGUCUUACUGAAGAUGAGUAUAAGUUCAUGGAUCGCUCAAAACUUCGCAUUGUAUCAAUGUACAAAAAGGAACUAAUGAUUCGAAAUGAUUUCUAUCCUGGAACGGAUAGCGAACAGAAAUAUCCCUUCCUUCCACACGGAAAAUUUGCAUAAGGUCUUACCAC